UGGCCGGUUUGUCAUCAUGGCAGCCCUGAUCGCAGAGAACUUCCGCUUCCUAUCACUGUUCUUCAAGAGCAAGGACGUAAUGAUUUUCAAUGGGCUGGUGGCACUGGGCACAGUGGGCAGCCAGGAGCUGUUCUCUGUGGUGGCUUUCCACUGCCCCUGCUCACCAGCCCGGAACUACCUAUAUGGGCUGACAGCCAUCGGCGUGCCUGCCCUGGCACUCUUCCUCAUUGGUGUCAUCCUCAACAACCACACCUGGAACCUGGUUGCCGAGUGCCAGUACCGGAGGACCAAGAACUGCUCAGCUGCUGCCAACUUCCUCCUUCUAAGCUCCAUCCUGGGCCGUGCGGCUGUGGCCCCCGUCACCUGGUCUGUCAUCUCCCUACUCCGUGGUGAGGCCUAUGUCUGUGCUCUCAGUGAGUUUGUGGACCCCUCCUCACUUACAGCUGGGGAAGAGGGCUUCCCACCAACCCAUGCCACAGAAAUCCUGGCCAGGUUCCCUUGUGGAGAGGGCCCUGCCAACCUGUCAGGCUUCCGGGAGGAGGUGAGCCGCAGGCUCAAGUAUGAGUCCCAGCUCUUUGGGUGGCUGCUCAUUGGUGUGGUAGCCAUCCUGGUGUUCCUGACCAAGUGCCUCAAGCAUUACUGCUCACCACUCAGCUACCGCCAGGAGGCCUACUGGGCGCAGUACCGCACCAACGAGGACCAGCUCUUCCAGCGCACGGCCGAGGUGCAUUCACGGGUGCUGGCUGCCAACAACGUGCGCCGCUUCUUUGGCUUUGUGGCGCUCAGCAAGGAUGAUGAGGAGCUGGCUGCCAAGUUCCAAGUAGAAGGCACACAGCCGAGACCACAGUGGAACGCCAUCACUGGCGUUUAUUUGUACCGCGAGAACCAGGGCCUUCCACUCUACAGCCGCCUGCACAAGUGGGCCCAGGGUCUGGCGGGCAACGGCAUGGCCCCAGACAAUGUGGAGAUGGCCCUGCUCACCUCCUAAGGGUCCUGUUCCCACACUCUUUGCUAAUGACAGUUCUUGGUCCUAAACUGAACCUCUCUUCCUACUCGUAUCUGCAUCAGAAGGGAAUUUUUUCUUUUACCCAUAGCUUUUUAGGGAAACAGGUCAAGAGAAAGGAACAGAAAGUAGCCUGGGAUGUGGAAGAGAAAGCUGGUAGACACGUGGUCAGCUCUGACUGGAAAGUUCUCAGACCUGAAGAAACCCCUCCACUGUUGACACCAGCCACUUGGUCAACAGCUUUGGAGAAAAGACCCUUUCCCAGAACUGGUCCUUAAUUAACUGUAAUAUGAAUGACCUUUUACUAGUGGGAAUCCAAGGCUGGGAAGCUCUGGCCAGCAGAGCCAGGUGACAAGAAAACCCACUAGUAUAGGAUAUUGUGCAGUUAAUUUGUGUGUGAACUGCAUGUGGACACCUCACUUGGCAGUGCUCAGCUGGGAAGCUGCCCUCUAAUAUAUGUUUCUAACUUUAUUUUAUGUACUUACAUUUUUUAUAAAGAUUUUACUAAUAUAAAAGAC